GCCCUCUCGUGCCCAAUCAAUGGAGUGCGCACCUGUCAGUGCUUCGGAUUCAGGCCGGCGUCUUUGUUCCAACUUCGCUUAAGUAAUCUUUUAUUCUUCGAUAAAUCCAAAUGAUGGCACCACAGAAAAGGUCUGCUGAAGAAGCAGAAUCCCUGUUGGUUGGUGUAAAGUGUAUUAUUUGUGAUAUUGAAGGAACAACAACCCCAAUAUCAUUCGUGGAGGACACACUCUUUCCUUAUGUCAAAAGCAACAUAGAAACAUUUUUGAAUAAAAACUUCGAAAAUGCUGACUUACAGAAAGCUGUAGCUGCAUUAAGAGAUCAGGCUGCAAAAGAAAAAGAAGAUAAUGUAGAUGGUGUUGUUGAAAUUCCUAGUGGUGAUGCUAGCAAAGAAGAAGUAGUUAAAGCCGUAUCAGAAAAUGUUAGGUGGCAGAUGGAUAAUAACAGAAAAACAACCGAACUCAAAGCACUACAGGGAAUGAUAUGGAAAGAAGGCUAUGAAUCCACAGAACUUAGAGGAGAGUUGUUUGAAGAUGUCGGUCCAAUGCUGAAGAUGUUAGCCGAAGAAGGGUUUCAGUUGUAUGUCUUUUCCUCUGGCAGUGUUGAGGCACAAAAGCUUUUGUUUACAAAUUCCGCACAAGGAGAUCUUUCAGAUGUCUUUUCCGGAUAUUUUGAUACAACAACAGGGAGCAAAACAGAUAGUGCAAGUUACAAGAAGAUUGCUACAGAAAUCCAUAGUGAUCCUAAAGACAUCUUGUUUCUCACAGAUCUUCCUGAAGAGGCAGAGGCAGCUGUUGCAGCAGGUUUGCGCAGUGCGCUGGUUAUAAGGCCAGGUAAUGCAGAAUUAACAGAUGAGCAUUUACAGAACUUUGCCUGUAUUGAGAGGUUUGAUGAGUUAUAUGGAGAUGAAGAUGAUGAUGACGACAUCAAGAGGUUUGCUGGUGACAAUGGAGAGGCAGACGAUGAUGAAGAUGAUGAUGAUGAUGAGGAUGAUGAAGAGGUUGAAGGGGAAGACGAUGAUGGCGAAGAUGCUUGAAAAAGUUCAUGUUUGAUUUAUCAUUGGCAUGUAAGUAGUCAGUUGUUGAAAAGUCAGCAAGUGAGAGGUGAAUGUAAGUGGCAUAAAAACAAAAUUUCCCCACUCCCCCUCUUUUUUCUUCUUCUGAAAAAUUCCUUUUCUAUCAUUUUUAGGCAAUAUAGUUAGCUUUAUCAGAACAUUUGAUUGAAGUAAGUAAAGCUGGAUAACAAGUCUACGCUGUAAAACCUCUUAAUCAAUUAUUUCUGCAAGUUAACAUUUCUUUUUAAAUCCCUCAUGCAAUUUAUAGGGUUUAAGCAUUUUUUUCCUAGUUAGUUUGAAAGAGAUUUUUUUUUCCUUUAUAAGUGUUGUGUAUUUUAUUGUACGACCUAUUCUAUAACAGCGAGUUUAAAAGGAAGUGCGCUAAUUUAAAUAGUAAAUUUGACUAGGGAACUAGCAGUUUGAAAUAUGAUGUACAUAUUUUGAAUUAAAGACAGAUGAAAUUCAGUGGAAUUAUAGUUAUGGUUCUUGCAGAAACUUGAAAUUGUAAAUUUGCAAUCGUUAUGUGUACAUCAGUUUUGUGCAAUUAUAUUUGAUAUGUGGUGCUUUAUGUUUGAAGAUAGUUCAUAACUGAUUGGCAGCUCCUCUUAUUUCUAUAUUCUGAUGAUAAAAUUUUUAUCCAGUUUUUACUUUUUGUAACUUACUAAUCAUUCAUCUCAGCAUUUUUUUAUAAGAAAAAACAUGCUGCCAAAGUAGGUGUGUGUGUGUGUGUGUUUUUAUUUUUUUAUUUCUUGUUUGAAAUCUAGUUAUGUAAAUAAAAUGAGUAGUGGUGUAGAAAACACUGUCUUAAUGUCUUUUUAAACUUUUUUUUUUAAAUACACAAUUUAUGUGUGAAAUAUGUUGUCAUAUCAGAUGAAAUACAAUAUUUCAUGAAAUGAAUAGGUUAUUAAUAAGGCAGUAAAUUUUAGUUUUUAAAACAAUCUAGAAAUUUUUUUUGUUUACAAGUCUCAUGUAUACAUUAUUUGAAUCACCUUGUCUCAAAAAUAUGCAUUUUGUGUAUGCUUGAAUGGAAUGCUGGAGUCAGGUUUAUUGUGCACCGAUGGCCAACUUCAAAUCAUUCAAUUUACUUUUACUUUUCCUGUAAUCAAAAUUGUUUUUAUGAUUGUUUAGCAAAACAUUUUAAUGUACAAAUGUUUUAUCACCACACUGACUUUUUAAAAAGUUGAUUUUUACAAAAAAAAAAAGACUUUUUUUAAAAUGACCACCAUUUGAAUUUUGUUUUUUUAAAACUAUCUCAAUUCUUUUAUAUAUACAUGUUGUGUUCAUUAAGAUAUUAACAGUAUCUUUCAUACAAGUAAUGUUUAUUUUUCCAAUGCUGGUUAAUGCUAGAGAAUAAACUUUUGUUUUAGAAUAACACUAGACUUUCUCCUAUGCAUCCUUGUUUUAAAGGACAUGGAUCUCCUCUGCUUACUGUAUCCUAAAGAAACUGGUUUCUUUAGGCAGCAAGUCCUUGAUCUUAGUUUUUACCCCAUAGGAUAUUGUUUCAGUCAGUGUAGUUUGUUGUAAACUGAGUAUGCAUAGGGACAGGGGUUGGAUCCUGAUCCCUCCAAAUUAUCACACAAUUUGUCAUGUUGGUAUCACAUGUUAAAGGAGGUUAAAGCUCUUUGUUUUUGUAAACGUUAUUUCCUUCUGUUGUAAUGACAUGAACAAAUUAUGUAGUUUCAUACAAAA